UCCAUGCUUCUGGCCGGCUGUGUACUGAGGCUGUAGGGGGGUGCUGAGGGGGCCCUGGGUGCCAGGCAGAGGAACAAGUGGGCUGUGACAGAUUGGGGAAGGGAACGGAACUCAGAGCAGCUGGCUGAGUUACCCAGGGCCAGACAGCUAACGAGGGGCAGAGCCAGGAUCCAAACUCAGGAGCUGCUUGGAGAUGCUGCUGCCGCUACUGCUGUGCCUCCUGCUGUGCCUCCUGCUGCUGCCGCUGGCCGUGCUCUGGCGGCGGUGGCCGUCCCAGGAUGCCAGGCUGUCCUGGCUGGUCCAUCUCCAGCACCGUGUGGCAUGGGGGGCCCUGUGCUGGGCAGCCGCCUGGCAGCGGAAGAGCCUAGUGCAGAGCACGCUGCACGCGGGCCAGAGCCAGCAGCGGGCCCUGAGGCGGUGUCUGCAGGGAGCCCAGAGUCCCCACUGUCCCCUCAGGGGGAGCACAGAUAUAGGCGUCUUCCAGAAUCAUCUCCCUCUGACCAAGGCCAGCCAGCUCCAGGAGGAAGAAAGCGGAGUGCAGCUCUUGCCUCCUAUCUCAAACCAGUACCGUGGGGAGGUCUCUCUGCAGGCCACCUUGCUGGGUCUGGCAGCCCUAAAAAAGACCUGCCCAGAAGUGCUGGCUCCAGGAGGCACGGCCCGUGUGACCCCUUCCUCCCCUUGGCCCCACCCCCUCCCUUGGCCUUGGCAUGCCCUGGGCCAGUUGGGCCCUGCUGGAGCCAAGGACCCUAGGGCCCUGCUGCUGGAGGCACUGAGGUCCCCGGGGCUGCGGGCUCUGGAAGCUGGCACGGCGGUCGAGCUCCUAGACGUCUUCUUGGGCCUGGAGGCCGAUGGCGAAGAGCUGGCUGAGGCAUUAGCUGCUGGGAACCCAGGAGCAUCUCUCCCCAGACGGGCAGCUGAGCUGCGGGAGGCCCUGGAGCAGGGACCCCGAGGACUGGCCCUUCGGCUCUGGCCAAAGCUUCAGGUGGUGGUGACUCUGGAUGCAGGAGGCCAGGCUGAGGCUGUGGCUGCCCUGGGGGCCUUGUGGUGCCAAGGGCUAGCCUUCUUCUCACCUGCUUAUGCUGCCUCUGGAGGGGCGGUGGGCCUGAGUCUGUGGCCAGAGCAGCCCCAUGGCCUGUACCUUCUGCCCCCUGGAGGCCCCUUUAUUGAGCUGCUCCCACUCAAGGAAGGAACCCGGGAAGAGGCUGCCCCCACCGUCCUACUGGCCGAAGCCCAGAAGGGCAAGGAGUACGAACUGGUGCUGACUAACCACACCAGCCUCACCAGGUGCCGCCUGGGUGACGUGGUCCAGGUGGUUGGUGCCUACAAUCAGUGUCCGGUCGUCAGGUUCAUCUGCAGGCUGGGCCAGACCCUGAGUGUUCGAGGCGAAGACACUGGUGAGGACGUGUUCUCUGAGGCCUUGGGCCGGGCGGUGGGGCAGUGGCCAGGGGCCAGGCUGUUGGACCAUGGCUGUGUGGAGAGCAGCAUUCUGGAUUCCUCCGAGGGUUCUGCUCCCCACUAUGAGGUGUUUGUGGCACUGAAGGGGCUAAGGAACUUGUCGGAGGAAAAUCGAGACAAGCUUGACCACUGUCUUCAGGAAGCCUCCGCUCGCUACAAGUCCCUGCGGUUCCGGGGCAGCGUGGGCCCUGCCCGAGUCCACCUGGUGGGGUGGGGGGCCUUCAGAGAACUGCGGGCAGCCCUUGCUGCCUGCCCCUCAGCCCCCUUCCCUCCCGAGAUGCCCCGGGUCCUCAAGCACAGGCACCUGGCCCAGUACCUGCAGAGGAGGGUGGUGUCCUGAGCUGAGGCCUCUGCCCGCUGCCCUGUCCACCCUCACGGGCCGCCUCGCUCUUUCCUCUGGGGCCCCUCUGGAUGGGGAGCCCUUGGCCAGGGUCUUCGAGUGUCAGCUGACGGUUGCCCAUCAGAGCUGCUGGGCCUUGGGGAGGCCCGACCUAGUCUGUCAGUUCUGAGGAGUGGACUUCAGGGAUAGAGCAGACACCAGCAGUGCCCCAUCUGGAGCCCCCCGGCCCACCCUGGAAGAUCCUGGGGUUCCAGUCCAUGCUGACAGUGCCUGUGUCUCUCAGCCCGUGCACCAGGCAGGCUGGAAGUGUUGGGAGUUAAUGCUCUCAGGAGUGACCCUCAGUCAGCAAGGAACAGGAGCUGGUGAUCACAGACCUCAGCUUCAUCGUCCCUCAGUGGGACAACUCUGAAGUGUAUUCUGGAUUGUCUCCCUCGGAGGGUCACCACCAGUUGCCCACAGCGGUAACCCUCUCAUUAACAAAGUUCUUCUUGGUUUUCCUUCUGCCCCUCCCAUCCCUACUCCCUUAUAUGCUUUCUUGGAUCACCGCCCAAAUAAACCUCUUGCGCCCAG